AUGACCAAUAGGUCUACUGCGACAGAGUUCCUUCUAAUGGGAUUUGCCAAUGUCCAUGAUAUGCAAUUUUUGCAUUUUGUGAUAUUUCUUUCGGUUUACAUCUCAGCCCUAAUUGGGAAUAUUCUCAUAAUUGUAGCUGUAUCCCUCAACCACCAGCUUCACACUCCAAUGUACUUUUUUUUGGUGAACUUAUCAUUUUCAGAUGCAUGUUUUAUUUCUGCCACUGUCCCCAAUUCCAUGGCCACUUCCAUAAUGAACAAUACACUGAUUUCUUUCUCUGGCUGUGUGGGUCAGGUUUUUUUAGUUGUUACUUUUGCAGGUGCUGAGAUAGCCCUGCUCACUAUCAUGGCUUACGACCGCUAUGUAGCCAUCUGCCAUCCUCUGCGGUACAGGUUAAUCAUGAGUUGGGAUGCCUGUAUCCAGAUGGCAGCAGCUUCUUGGAUAAGCAGAGUGAGCCACGCAGCAUUACAAACUGGUAUCACAUUCAGGUUACACUUCUGUGAGUCCAAUAUUAUCAAGCAGUUUUUUUGUGAUAUCCCUCAGCUAGAAAUGAUCUCUUGCAAUGAUGCAGAAGCUAAUCAAGUUCUGGUCUUUAUUUCUCUAAGCGUUGUUGUAGACUCCUUCUGCAUUUUGUUCAUCUUUGUUUCCUAUGGCUACAUCUUUUCCUCUGUGCUGAGAAUUCCAUCAGUUCAAGGCAGAUACAAAGCAUUCUCUACUUGCACUCCCCACUUGAUAGUCUUCUGUUUAUUUAUGCUUACAGGUAUGUUUUCCUACUUGAGGCCAAAAGAACUUUCUUCUCCAACUGUGGACUUGCUUUUUGCUGUUUUGUACAAUGUCUUGCCACCCAUGCUGAAUCCUAUCAUUUACAGCCUCAGGAACAAGGAUAUCCAAGUGCCAGUAUGGACAAUACUGAAGACUAUAGCAGGAUUAUUUAGGACUCAUCAUAGCUGUCUGAAUUAUAGUGCAUAG